CGUUGUCUUUAGUUGAGCUGGAGAGAGAUCAGAUUACAGAAUUGGUUAUGAGUGUGGAGAGAGAAGCUUCCACAAAUUGAAAGCUCGACCGCUGAAGAAAGAGGUAGCUGAGAAGAAAGCUUAAGAUGUUUCAAAAUCAGAGAUUGUUCUGCAAUAAGACACCAGACCAGUUUUAGGGUUUCCUGUAAGCUAAUAUCUAUAACUCCUUCUCUCAAGUGAUGAACUGCCUUUGGCUUUGAAAAGAUGCAUGGAUUCUCCACUGUUGAUGGCUUUGUGGAGAUAACUGAAGGCUUGGCAGAGAUGAUUAAGUACGUGGCAAAUGAACCGUCAGUAGGGCUUUUUUAUAUUCAGCAGCACACUCAAAAUGCAGUUCCCAAUCUUGUUAGUCUUAGAAAUACCAUUGUGGAUAAGUCCCGUGAAACGACUUUGCACACUGAAGAUUCAGAGGAUUCCAUAGCCAUGGUGAGAUCAAUGAAAGAAUGUGGAUUCCCCAUUGCUGAUGAGAUGAUUAGAGACAUAAAAAAAUCUCUAGCGGUUAUGUCAACAAAGCAACCAAAGAGAGGGCUAAUAGAUAACCAAACAUCAAGUUUUCAGAUGGGAAGAACAAGCUCUUGGAAACCAGCCAGUUGGGUUCGUUCCCCAAGUGUUGCCCAGCAGGACACUGAAAGCGGCUAUAUUUCUACUGUAAUCAAAUCUGCAAGACAAAAGGCGAGCAACUUCAAGUGGCCGCCACUUGAUUCUAAAGAAUUAACACAGGCUUCUUAUCCUAACCCAACACUGUCAGUUGCUUCUGUGAGCACUAGUUCAUCUCUGCCAGAUGUGGAAGCUGAGGAGUUGCCCGUGUCAAGCCAUGUUGCAGAUGAGCAACAAGAAGACCAAGUUGAUGAUAGCUUGUUGACUCAUAAUUUAUUACCAAUGGAAGAAAACUUUGAUGAAUUCAAGGCUGAUAAAGAACUUAAACUACAAGAGUGGUUGGAAGGGACUGGCAACGUAGAUAAUCACAGAGGAGCAAGUGCUGCAGAAAGAUUUUAGUUUGUCGUUGUUAAGAUACUGAAACCGCUUUGUCAUGUACAUACUGUUGUGUCUUGUGUUAUUAUCUAUGGAUGAUGAUGUAUACAUGAUUGUUUGAAUUUUCAACGGUGAUAAUAAAAUUUUUCUCUGAUUCUUGAGUUA